AUGGCCAUGCAGGAGAAAUACCCAAGUGAGAGGAUCUCUCAUGUGACUUCACCAGGUUCCGGUGUAAUUCAAAAGGGCAGUUCCCUGGGGACUGAAUGGCAGACCCCAGUUAUCUCAGAGGCUUUUCGGAGUCGCUUCAGCCGCUGUUCAAGUGUAGCUGACAGUGGGGACACAGCCAUUGGCACAUCAUGCUCAGACAUUGCAGAGGAUUUUUGUAGCUCAAGUAGCAGCCCUCCUUUCCAGCCCAUCAAAAGCCACAUAACCAUUCCAACAGCCCAUGUGAUACCUUCUACUUUGGGGACCUCUCCUGCCAAGCCAAAUUCUAUACCUUCUGGACCCUCUUCCUCCAAACUCCCUUUAUCAGGGCUGGCUGAAGGUGUGGGGAUGACAAGAAAUGGAGACCUUGGUGCAAUGAAACGUUCUCCAGGCCUAUCUAGAGAUUUCAUGUAUCUCUGUGGUGCUACCGGAGAAAAUGGAAUUGAGCAGUCCUGGUUUCCAGCAGUGGGCCAUGAAAGAGAAGAAGAGGUGAGGAAGUUUGAUAUUCCCAGUAUGGAGUCUACCCUUAAUCAGUCGGCAGUGAUGGAGACAUUUUAUUCAGAUCCCCACUACCAAGUCCACUUCCACAACCCAAGAGCCGACACAAACAAGGAGUUAUACAAAGUGUUGCCUGAGACCAAGAAGGCACCGGGCAGUGGGGUGGUAUGUGAGCGGAAUGGACCUCACCCUAACAGCAGUGGAGUGCUCCCUUUGGGACUCCAGCCUGCUCCUGGCUUCUCCAAGCCUAUACCCUCUCAGGUAUGGCAGCCGAACCCUGACCCUUGGCAUCCCCGUGAGCGAUCUUGUGAGCUCAGCACGUGUCGACAGCAGCUGGAGUUGAUCCGUUUACAGAUGGAGCAAAUGCAGCUUCAGAAUGGAGCCGUCUGCCAUCAUCCCGCUGCUUUUGCUCCUCCACUGCCCACAUUAGAACCAGCACAAUGGAUCAGCAUCUUGAACAGUAAUGAACACCUUCUGAAGGAAAAGGAGCUCCUCAUUGACAAGCAAAGGAAGCACAUUUCUCAGCUGGAGCAGAAAGUACGAGAGAGUGAACUACAAGUCCACAGUGCCCUUUUGGGCCGCCCUGCCCCCUUCGGGGAUGUCUGCUUGCUGAGGCUGCAGGAAUUGCAGCGAGAGAACACUUUCUUACGUGCGCAGUUUGCACAGAAGACAGAAGCCCUAAGCAAAGAAAAGAUGGAGCUUGAAAAGAAACUCUCUGCUUCAGAAGUUGAAAUCCAGCUCAUCAGAGAAUCACUCAAAGUGGCAUUGCAGAAGCACUCAGAGGAGGGGAAGAAACAGGAAGAAAGGGUCAAGGGUCGUGAUAAACAUAUCAAUAAUUUGAAAAAGAAAUGUCAGAAGGAGUCAGAGCAGAACCGGGAGAAGCAGCAGCGUAUUGAGACCUUGGAGCGUUACCUGGCUGACCUGCCCACCCUGGAAGAUCAUCAGAAGCAGAGCCAGCAGCUUAAGGAUUCUGAAUUGAAGAGUACAGAGCUGCAGGAGAGAGUAACCGAGCUGGAGAGUUUGCUGGAGGAAACCCAGGCAGCCUGCAGAGAGAAGGAGGGUCAACUGGAAAGCCUGAGACAGAGAGGAGCAGAAUUCUCCAGUAGACAUAGCCUGCAAGAUAAGCAGUGUGUGGAGGAGGCCAGUGGAGAAGGUCCAGCCCAACAGGGAGAAGGUCCAAAAGUGGAAAUGGAGUCCUGGCAGAAAGAAUGUGAUUCCCUCCGAAAGAUUGUGGAGAAGCAACAACAGAAGAUGGAUCAGCUGCGUUCACAAGUACAGAGCCUAGAGCAGGAGGUGGCUCAGGAAGAAGGAGCAAGCCAGGCCCUGAAAGAGGAGGCCCAGCGGAGGGAGACAGCCCUGCAGCAGCUUCGCACAGCCGUGAAAGAGCUCUCAGUACAGAACCAGGACCUGAUCGAGAAGAAUCUGACACUCCAGGAACACCUGCGUCAAGCCCAACCAGGGUCUCCAUCUUCACCAGAUACAGCCCAGCUGGCAUUUGAACUGCACCAGGAGUUGGCCAGUUGCCUUCAAGAUCUGCAGGCUGUCUGUAGCAUUGUGACCCAGAGGGCCCAGGGCCAUGACCCCAAUCUCUCCCUGCUCCUGGGCAUUCACUCUGCACAGCACCCAGGGAUUCAACUAGAUUUGCAGAAGCCAGAUGUGAUCAGGAGGAAACUAGAAGAGGUUCAACAGCUGCGCCGUGACAUCGAGGACUUAAGGACCACCAUGUCAGACAGAUAUGCCCAGGAUAUGGGAGAAAACUGUGUCACUCAGUGA